UGGAAUUUGAAUUCAAUAAAUAUCUGGAAGAUUGCAGAGUUCAGAGUUGCUCUGACUGAACCAAAGAUCAGCCUUACCAAGCUGCAGGAACUUUGCUUCAAUGGGAUCCCAUCUGAAGGGGGGCUGCGUUCACUUUGUUGGAAGAUCCUCCUCAAUUAUCUUCCCACCGAGCAGGCCCAGUGGAGCUCCUUCCUGAAGAAGCAGAGGGAGAUAUAUGCACAGUUCUUGAAGGAGAUGAUUAUUCAGCCUGGGAUCGCCAAAGCAAAUCUGGGCUUUAUCAGAGAGGAUGUCACGCUAGAAGAUCAUCCCUUGAAUCCAAACCCUGACAGUCGAUGGAACACGUACUUCAAGGACAACGAGAUUCUCCUGCAAGUGGACAAAGAUGUUCGACGCCUAUACCCAGACAUGGCAUUUUUUCAGCGUCCCACUGACUACCCGUGUCUUUUGAUCAUGGACCCCCAGAAUGAGUUUGAAACGCUUCGUAGGCGGGUAGAGCAGACCACACUGAAGUCUCAGACUGUUGCACACAAUCGGAGCGGCGUUACAAACGUUUCCUCCCCUCGCAAGACAACAUCAGCUAAUGAAUACGAAGUGCUUCCCAACGGCUGUGAGGCUCACUGGGAGGUGGUCGAAAGAAUUCUUUUCAUCUACGCCAAACUGAAUCCAGGAAUUGCUUAUGUUCAGGGCAUGAAUGAGAUCGUGGGGCCAGUUUACUAUACCUUUGCAACAGACCCUAACACUGACUGGAAGGAACAUGCAGAGGCAGACACAUUUUUCUGCUUCACAAACCUGAUGUCAGAAAUCAGGGACAAUUUCAUAAAGAGCCUGGAUGACUCUCAGUGCGGGAUCAGUUAUAAAAUGGAGAAGGUUUAUUCAACAUUGAAGGAGAAAGAUGUGGAUCUUUACCUCAAACUGCAAGAACAGAACAUCAAGCCACAGUUUUUUGCCUUCCGCUGGCUAACGUUAUUAUUGUCACAAGAGUUCCUCCUCCCAGAUGUCAUUCGAAUAUGGGACUCCCUCUUUUCAGACAUCGGCAGGUUCGAUUUCCUUAUCCUGGUCUGCUGUGCCAUGCUGAUUUUGAGUCGAGAUCAGCUGCUUGCUGGGGACUUCACUACAAAUAUGAGGCUGCUACAGUGGAAAAUUGCAAAUGAUUUUGUCUUGAGUGACCUUGAUGUUGAUGUAGAUGCAAAAAGGUUUGGGAUUGCUGCCACUAGAUACUUUGCCAAACCCAAAUAUGCACAGAUAGAAAAGGAAGGUUUGCUGGUCAUCUUUGGUGUGAGAAGGUUCCACCAGUACAUUUAUGGAUGGGAAUUUGUCGUAGUAACAGAUCACAAACCCCUGCUAGUUUAG